AUGUGGAUUGAACCACCUAGCGACUCACUCAGCCAAACGGUGGAGCUUCUGGUAUGGCCUACAGUUGGACAUCCGGGAGCCGGAAACGUCGAACUUUUUCUCAGCUUGGAAGACCGUGCUGGAGCACAAAACUCCGCUGUACUCGCAGUUCGACACCCUGUGUCACCCCAGCGCCACGAUGAGGCGGCAGAUCUCAUGGAGGAAACUUUUUUAUAA